GCCCAGUCCCGUCUCUCCCCGCCCCCGGCGCGGCGCAGCGCGGCGCGGUGCUGGCUGCGCUCCGCGGUGCUGCGCGUCCGGAGCUGCGCCCGCCUCCGCUGCUGCGCGGAGCCCGCUUUGUGCCGGCAGCCGCGGCAGGACGGCCGGAAAGCCAUGGAAGAGUUAAUAGUUGAGCUGCGCCUGUUUCUUGAACUUCUGGACCAUGAAUAUCUAACUUCCACUGUCAGGGAGAAGAAGGCAGUAAUAACUAACAUUCUCCUGAGGAUACAGUCAUCAAAAGGUUUUGAAAUAAAAGAACAUGUACAGAAGCAAGAAGUCACCAACAGUUUGCCAGCGCCACCUCAAAUGCCUCUGCCAGAAAUACCUCAGCAGUGGCUGCCACCAGAUAAUGGGCCUCCACCAUUACCAACAUCUUCCCUUCCUGAAGGCUACUACGAAGAGGCAGUGCCACUUAGUCCUGGGAAGGCUCCUGAAUAUAUCACUUCCAAUUAUGACUCAGAUGCUAUGAGCAGCUCUUAUGAAUCCUACGAUGAAGAGGAGGAGGAUGGAAAGGGGAAGAAAAUGAGACAUCAGUGGCCUUCUGAGGAAGCCUCUAUGGAUCUGGUGAAGGAUGCCAAAAUCUGUGCCUUCCUCCUUAGAAAGAAACGAUUUGGGCAAUGGACCAAAUUACUGUGUGUUAUCAAAGAAAACAAACUACUGUGUUACAAAAGUUCCAAGGACCAGCAGCCCCAGAUGGAGCUGCUCCUGAAUGACUGCAGUAUCACAUACAUUCCCAAAGACAGCAAAAAGAAGAAGCAUGAGCUGAAAAUCUCACACCAAGGAGCAGAUGCCCUGGUUCUGGCAGUGCAGAGCAAAGAGCAGGCAGAACAGUGGCUAAAGGUUAUCAAAGAUGUGUGCAGCAACUGUACAGGAGCUGUAGAUUCCGAUGGGCCAUUGUCUAGUUCUCCAGUACACAAGGCAGAGCUGGAAAAGAAGCUGUCUUUUGAGAGGCCAAGCUCAGAUGGGGAGGGUGCUGUGGAAAAUGGCAUCACUACCGUGUGCAAUGGGAAAGAACAAGUGAAGAGGAAAAAAAGUUCAAAAUCAGAAGCCAAGGGCACUGUGACUAAAGUAACAGGGAAAAAAAUAACGAAGAUCAUUGGUUUAGGAAAGAAAAAGCCGUCAACAGAUGAACAGACCUCAUCAGCUGAAGAAGAUGUUCCAACUUGUGGAUAUCUCAACGUGCUCUCAAAUAACCGUUGGCGUGAGCGCUGGUGCAGAGUGAAAGAUAAUAAACUAAUUUUCCACAAGGACCGGACAGAUCUGAAGACACACAUUGUUUCUAUCCCUCUCCGUGGCUGCGAAGUCAUCCUGGGGCUGGAUUCGAAGCAUCCCCUGACCUUCCGCCUGCUCCGAAACGGGCAGGAGGUCGCUGUGCUCGAGGCAUCCUCCUCUGAAGACAUGGGCAGAUGGAUAGGAAUUUUGCUGGCAGAAACAGGGUCUUCGACAGACCCUGGAGCUCUGCAUUAUGACUACAUCGACGUGGAAAUGACAGCAAGUGUCAUCCAGGCUGCAAAACAGACCUUCUGUUUCAUGAACAGGCGAGUUAUUUCCACAAAUCCGUAUCGGGGAAGCACUGCCAAUGGCUACGCCUGUCCGAGUGGAAUGGCACUUCAUUACGAUGAUGUUCCCUGCAUAAAUGGAUCGUGGGAACCAGAAGAUGGCUUUCCUUCUUCUCGUAGCAGGAACAUUGGAGAAGAAAUGCUUUAUGAUAACGCAGGCCUGUACGAUAACUUGCCGUCUCCAAAAAUCUUUGCACGCUAUCCGCCAGCUGACAGAAAACCCAAUAAGCUAUCUACUGACAAACUCUCCUCUAACCAUUACAAAUACCCUGUCUCAUCCAAUCUGUCUUCUGCUCAGUCUGUCACUAAUAACUCUGCUGUGGGGAGGGGAUCUGGCUCGCAGUUCAAAGGCAAGAAGCCUCCUGCAGCUGCUAAUGGGAUCACUGGAAAAGGGAGAGCUUUAAAUAGCCAGCCAAAGAAAUCUGAAUCAGUGUCAUGUGUGAAGCGCACCGCGUCCAAUGCAGAGCAGUACAAAUAUGGCAAGAAUCGUGUGGAGGCAGAUGCAAAGAGGUUACAAAGCAAAGAGGAGGAGCUGCUGAAGAGGAAAGAAGCACUCCGGAAUAGGCUGGCCCAGCUCCGAAAAGAAAGAAAAGAUCUACGUGCUGCCAUUGAAGUCAAUGCUGGCAGGAAGACUCAAGUGAUUCUUGAAGACAAGUUAAAGAAGUUGGAAGAGGAGUGUAAGCAGAAGGAGGCUGAGCGCGUAAACCUGGAGCUAGAACUGACUGAGGUGAAGGAGAGCCUUAAGAAAGCCUUGGCAGGUGGCAUCACACUGGGCUUGGCUAUUGAGCCCAAGUCAGGAACAUCAAGCCCACAGUCUCCAAUUUUCAAGCACCGAACACUGGAAAACUCUCCAAUCUCCAGUUGUGAUACCAGUGAUACUGAAUGCUCAAUACCUGUAAACAGCGCAGCAGCUCUGAAGCGACCUCCCUCAUCAAAUAAUUCUCCGUGUCGAGGCCAUGUCCUUCGAAAAGCAAAGGAAUGGGAGAUGAAAAAUGGAACAUAAGUGUAGCAAAACCACUCACUUUCCAUAAAGGCCUUACCUAUUAUGGACCAAGACAUAGGCUGCAAAAGACUCAUCUGAAAGGUGGUAUCAAGCGAUACAACAUAAGAGUUUUUAUAAUUCUGUUAAGUUAAUGGUAGCUCGGCGCUAAUUUGCCUGUAUUCCCUCUACUGUAUUUCUGUGUAACUUUGUGUGCCCCUUUCUAUUAGCUGUAAAGUCUUUAUUUCCGACUCCACUGGUAAAGAAAAUGAAAACCAAAAAAAACAAACCAACCAUAGUAAUUAAAAAGGAGCAUAAAGUCGCAGUUGAAAGUUUACUGAGACAGCAUAGACCAGCAAUAUUAAUUACAUCACAUCAGAUGGCCGGAACACCUCUGAAGACUGAUGUGUUAAGACCAAUGUGAAAUCAUAACUCUUACAGGUUAAAACUGACUUUUGAGGUCUGCCACAGAGGUGGCUGAGCAAAGACUUGCUCAUUAGCAGUCACUUUGCUGUUAGCUGUUCACAUGGCAAAAGAAAACUGAAGAAAUGUAUUCACAGAAAUGGCAUGGCUUGCUUGGCUGAGAAGGCAGGAACUCUUCAGUGCCACUGUCUUCUACACUGGUGUGAGACCAUGGGAUGACACGACCCAGCUGUGAAGCAUUUUUUGGAUACUUUUUAGACAGAUGCUUUUGUCAUUGGGAGAUAAAAAGCUGCCACACUUUGAAAAAAAAAUGCAUUUUAGUAUGUUCUCUUUAUUACUAUUCUGUAGUACCAGUCAUUUUCAAAGGUCGUGUUGUUGAACUAUGACUUGUUCCUGAUUUUUUAAAAGGUAAACACGUAUUUUUAGAUACUGCUUCUUUUCUAUACUUUUUGAAAAUGAAAAAGAAAAUGUAAUUGAAAUUAAUCCUCAACAGAUAAUGGCAACUCAGAAUAGCUUAUGCAGUCCGUCUUGUUUUGUUUUUUAUAAUAUAUUAUUGUUAAACUUGAGUUGUAGAACACUGCUGUACUUAGUUUACUUCAUCUUUUCAGACCUCAGCUAUUAUUUUUGAGGAAGAAGGACUGAAAAGAUGAUGAUUUCCAGACUCUUCUAUAAGCGAUUUUGCAAAAAAUUGGGGAUUUUCUCAGACAGGAGUUCAUUUCUGUUUACUAGGAAACAGUGUCUUGCAUUUUAGUCUGUAAAAUUAUAGAAAUCUGUUCUUCUUUGUCUCCAUCUAUGUCACUCCUGAGAACUUACAUGCAGUAAAUAGACAACUAAUGUCUUUCAAAAUCUCAAGAUUUGCUUUAAAAAAAUCAGGAGAGAGAAGGGAAAAAAAACAUCUAAUGAGUUUUUUUCU